AUGGCUUCUCAAAAGAUUGCCGCUGCCUUGGCAGCCAUUGAAUCUACCCCUCAACAAUCCACAAAACUCCAGCAAUACAACGAUCUUCUCAACGAAAUCCUGAACACCUCGUCGGGGGCUGAGCUAGCUCACGACCUCGUCUACUAUCUCGAUUCGAUCCUCGGGGAAGAUGUCAGCAUCGUAUCUGCGCGUCCACUCCUCGAUUCUUUCAUUACCGCUCUUCAGAAGUUCGAACCAGAAGUGAAAAUCAAAGCCGGCCAACACGCAGUCACCCUCCUCCAAUCACGCGCAACCUCAGCCGAGGAACAGGAUGCACAGAUCCGCGAAAUCCUCGCCGAAGCCUACGAGUCAGAGGAAGACUACUCUUCUGCUGCAAGGGCACUUCAGGGAAUUAACAUAGAUAGCUCUCAAAGGCUAGUCACCGAUGAGGCUAAGGCCAAGUUAUGGAUCCGGAUUGUGCGAUACUACCUCGAGGAGGACGAUACGAUAAAUGCAGAGGUUUUCUUGAACCGCAUCAAGAAUUUGCCCAGCAAGUUAGAGGAUCAUGACUCCAGGUUACAUUUCCAGCUUUCCCAAGCGCGCAUUCUCGAUGCCCGCCGACGUUUCCUCGAUGCCGCUCAGGAAUAUUACAACGUCAGUCUGGUGUCUAGUGUCGAUGAAAAUGACAGGCUUGCGGCUCUGUCGGCAGCCAUUCGCUGUGCAGUUCUGGCCCCAGCUGGUCCUCAGCGGUCACGCAGCCUUUCCCACCGGCUGCUGAACGCAGAUGAAGUUGCAGCCUUUUCGAACAAGCUUGCGCCACAUCAACUUGCCGUAACGGCCGAUGGUACCACGGUUCUCAACAAGGCCGUGAUUGAACAUAAUCUAGUAGCGGCAAGCAAGCUGUACCGCAAUAUCUCGGUGGAUGCGCUUGCCGAAAUUCUUGGUCUGCAAGCCUCCGGAGACUUCUCGGCUGGUGAAAAGGCCGAAGAAUACGCUGCUCGGAUGGUCGAACAGAAUCGCUUGCAUGGCCGGAUUGACCAAAUCGAAGGAGUGAUUUACUUCGGCACGGAAUCUCCUGGUUCCGCUUCAGGGGCAAAUAGUGCCAGCCUGCGACAGUGGGAUUUCGGGGUACAGAAGGUUGCAGAGGAUGUUGAGCGGAUAGCAGCUAGCAUUGCCGAACAAUUUCCGGAGUUCGCGGCUAGUCGUAUGGUACAAUAA